CUCCCCGGCCGCCGCCGCUGCCCCUGCCGCCGGUGGGCAGUGCGGCUCAGAAGGCAGGGAGGAGGACUGGCCACAGGCUUCUCGCGCCGGAGGUGCCCCGCAGCGGGGAGCGCUAGGUGGACAUGGGUUUCCGCACCAGGAUGUGUGUCUUUCCCAUGCCGAGAGGCCCGUCCUCUUCUCUGGACCUGGGCCUCGGAACAACCGGGGGGUGUUUCGUGCCCUCCAUUGGGACACCAGUCUUCGGUGUGUGGAAAUGUGGACGUGUUUUCCCACGUGGAGGCGUGCUUUCUCACGAGGGGGUGUGUUUUCCCAUGUGCAGGGUGAGGUUUUUUUUUUGCCGCCCUGGACACAUGUUGGCCCCCUCAAAAGAAUUCCUGCGGGGAUUUGUACCCCAGAAUCCCGUUCCCUCAUGCCUUCUCCCUCCUCCCCCCUCCCCACCCCUUGGAGACCCUGGAAAUGGUGUGUUCAUGGACAGUGACCCUUGGGAAGGUACCGAGGAAAUCAGUCGUUCCCCCCCCACUCCCACUCCGUGCCCCACACCCCCUCUGCCCCCGCGAAGCAUGUUGAUCCCCUGUGGCAUAUGUCAGACGAAGCCCGUGCUCUGGGGAGGAUUCCCUGCCAGGGGGAAGGGAGGAGAUCUGUGCGUCCCUGUGCUGCCUGGGAACUUGUUUUCCCACGAGUCCAGGACACAUCUCUUCUUGCAUGUGGUUGUGUGUUUUCCCAUGCAGACGGCCCCUCUCCCGCCAGCACUCCCGGCGUCCCCCAGGCCUGAGGCCUAGCACUUAGUUCGUCCCCACCCAGCAGGUGGGAACAGACUUCAGACUGACCGAAGCUGGGGGGGAUGUACAAAUCCUGGGGGCAGACCUCUGCCCCUGUCUCCCCCCCCACAAGAGAUGCCAAGUCGGGGGGGCGUGGCGUGCCACCCACAGAGGCCAUGCAUGUUUGACCAAAGCCCUCUCUGGGGUCUGAGGAUAGCCUUUCCCUCAGUCCUCAGACCAUUGCUCAUCCGUGCCAAACUGGGUUAGGUGGGUUUGGGGGGGGGAAGGCCCCCAAAAAUGAGCCAAGGAUUCCCCAGUCCUGGGCCAGGGCAGGUAAAUGUGGGGACAGGUGGGAUAUGGGGGACGCAAGUGGCAGUGAAAGGGGUCCUGCUUGUGUCUCUCCUCCCUUCACUGUGUCUCAUCCCUCCCUCUCUGCCUCAGUGGUCCUCCUCCCAUCUCUGUCUCCCUCUUUGAAGCCAUCCUGUGUCAGUGUGGGAGCACCUUCUCCCCUCAGCCACCCAUCCCCUUCUUUGACGAGGCUCCCCUUCCCUCAGCCACCAGGGCUGAAGGAAAGGAGCUGCGGAGGGAGGGCUCGGGGGGGAAAGGCUUCGCGGGACAGGCUGGGGAGAGAAUGAGGUCAGCAGUGCUGAGGAACAGAUGGAGGGGGCAGUGGGGGACGGGGCUUGGGCGGACAGCAGCAGGGAGAAUUCGAAAGGACAUGUGUGCGGUGACUGCCCCGGAGAGGAACCGUCAGAGGAGAAAGGCUUUGGGCCUCUGGGGAGAAGAACGGUGUCAGGAAGGGUUUUAAGGGAACCAGUGGAGGAGAAUCCUCGUCUGCUGGUAUUUUGUGGGUUCCUUCGUGCCAAACUUGAGUAGGGGGUGGGGGGCCAUCUUCCACUGAUACCCAAAUCCGGAAUCCCUGGUCUUGGUUCCCCGGAACUCCGCCUCCUGACUAUCCCUUCUCCCACCUCCCCCCAUGGAAACUUAGUUCUUUUCUGACCCCUUCCCUUGCCUGGUCUAGCUCCUCUCCAAACAGCCAUGCCCUCUAAAUGCUAGGGACCUGGGCCCUGAACCCUGUAGACAGAUGCCCCCCAGACUGGGGCAUGGGAGGGGGGCUGGGGGACCCCAUGAUUCAGCCACGGACUCCAAUGCCCAGCCCCUCUCCCCAGAACAAUCCCCUGACAAUCCCACAACCCUGCCCCAACCCUUCGCGGCUCUGUACACAUUUUUAAACCUGGCAAAAGAUGAAGAGAAUAUUGUAAAUAUAAAAAUUUAACUGUUGGUUGUGCCUGCUGUGAUGGGGGGGCGGUGGGUGGCUCCGAGAAACUAAGCCUCAAGGCUGCCACUCUGCCAGCGAGGGAGAGGGAGGAGAUCCAAGCCCACAGCCCAUUUCGGGGAGCAGCUCAGAGCAUGGAGAGAAAGGGGGGAGCGGGUGCUGGGGUAAGGCUGCCACGGUAGCAGGGUUGUGGGGGGAGUUCCCAUCAGGGCCCAGGUGUGUGCAGAGGCCUGAGGCCGGUGUAGAGAAGGGAUGGCCAGGGGCUCAUCAGGGCAGACACCAGACGGGCCAGGGGGCUCGUGCACUGGACCAGAUGGCUGGUUACAGGACAGGUGUGCCAGGUAAAGGGUUCAACACGCCGAGGCCUGGGCCCGGGCUGGAGGGUCAACCGUGGGCCCAAGACUCUGCCUCUUGGCACAUUGUGAGGGAGAGCUCCGGCAUCAUUGUGACCCGCUUACCCCCAGGAGCCCCUGGGGCAGGCAGGAGGCAAGCUGGUGGAUACUGUGGGCACAGUGGGCUGGGGGCCUAGGGGCCCCGGUGGCCCUCGGGACCCCCAUGGCCAUGGCUGAGCGGCCACGACCCGGGUGGGCCUCGUAUCACAGCUCCAGCACCAACAACUGCCAGGACCUGGGCAACUCCAUCCUGUUGCUUUUGGGCCUCAUCAUCUGCAUUAAUAUUAGCAUCAAUAUGGUGACGCUGCUCUGGCGCAGACUCCGCAGCUUCCUACACCAAGCGUUCCAUAUUGUUUAUGAGAAAGAAGCUUCUAAGUCAUCCUCACCUGGGAAGCACCCCCAGCCUCCGGAGCAGAGCGCCCCCGCACUCCACCUUCGAUGCACCAUGGACCCUGUGAAAAUGACUGUGACCCCCCCACCCGCUCGCCGCCACCGCCACCGAGGCUCUUCUGGCCGCCGGGUCCACCGCCCGGUAGCCUGGGCCCCCGACACAGACUACGACGAGAAGCCCCCACACCAGCACCCAGCAGUCUGCUCCCACCACUGGGAUCAGCCCGCAGACUGGCAAGGCUUCCAGUCCACCCAGCGGUUCUGGGCUCCCUGGCCCCAGGACGCCGUGGAGCCCCCUCCCCAGACCAUUCGCUUCCAGCAGACCAUAGAAGGAAGGCCCCUCAAAGGAGAGAUGCGGUCAGAGCUGGGCCUCGAGGCCUACGUGUACCCCGUGAACCCCCCACCCCCAAGCCCGCAGGCCCUGAGCCACAAGAACAGUGGGGCGGGGGCUGGGGCCCAGGUCGAGCCCGAGCCCUGCACCCCCCCCACUCCGGCCCCGCCGCCCGUCCGGGGCCCGGCCAUGGUCCCCGACAUCCCCCGGCGCCGCUCCUCAGGCCGCGUAGUGUAUGACGCCCGAGACGUGAGGCGGCGGCUGCGGGAGCUGACCCGCGAGGUGGAGGCCCUGUCCCACUGUUACCCCCCGGGCACCCCAUCCAGCAACGCCACCGAGGGGACGGGCAAGGACUGGGUAUACCGUUCGGUGACAGAGAGGUGACUGGGACAAAAAUAAAAGGAAGAGAGGA